AUGGCGAGUGGUAUAUGUCCAUCGAAAUGCGUUUGUAACGAUAAACAAUUAAAAGCUUCGUGCGAAUAUUCGAAUCUCGAAGUCGUACCAAUACAAUUAAAUCCGGAUAUAAAAACGUUAAAAUUAAACAAUAAUAAAAUACAAAGCGUGCAUUUAACAUUUAUUUUUUACACAAAUUUAAUGGAUUUGGAUUUAUCGGUGAAUAAAAUAAAAAAUUUAGGUUCGAAAAAUUUCGAAUUUCAAAUGAAUUUGAUCAAAUUAAACGUGAGUCGGAAUUCAAUAAAAAAUUUACACCGUGAUUGUUUCAAAGGACUCGAAAAACUCGCCAUAUUGGAUUUAAGCGAUAAUCUCAUAGAGGAAAUAAACGAUAAAUUAUAUUUUAAACAUUUGCGCAACCUAAAAGAAUUGAACUUGUCGAAAAAUAAUAUUUAUCUUAUUGAAACGGGAGCGUUCGAUCACGUGGAAAAUUUAAAAAGGCUCGUUUUGAGCGGGAAUCAAUUAAUGAAAAUACCCGACGAUGCCAUGCACUCGUUGAAAAACCUCGUGGAAUUAGAUUUAAAUAAUAAUUUGAUACGAGACGUGCAUUUUUCUAAAAAUUUAACAAAUUUAGAAAUUAUUAAAAUCCGUUCGAAUUUACUCGGAGAUGUUGGCAACGAUAGUUUUACCAACGUUCCGCGUUUGAAAAAAUUAGAUUUGAGCGACAAUAAUUUAACGCGGAUACAAAAUAAUCAUUUUAAUAAUUUGUUCUAUUUAGAAUUUAUAAAUUUGAGUUCGAAUACUUUCGACGUCAUUGAUUCGGAUUCGUUUCGUCGUUUGUUUAAAUUACGGGAAAUACACGUGGACGAUUGCGAUCGUUUAUAUCGUAUUGAUUCGAAAACUUUCAUCGACAAUUCAAAUUUAAAUUACGUGAGUUUGUCCAACAAUCACAAAUUGAAAAGGUUACCCAAAUUUUUAUUCGUUAACAAACCAAAUUUAAAACACUUACGCAUUUCCGGUAACGAUUUUUCAACUCUCGACGCAUCCGAUUUACCACUGGACAAUUUGGAAACUUUAACUCUGGGUAAAAACCCGUUCCAGUGCAAUUGUUCCCUUCACUGGUUGUGGGUAUUGAAAGAGCGUCAAAUUUAUAAAAAUUGCACGUGCGGAAGUCGAACGUAUUGCUACGACACGUGUAUCGAUAACGUACCUAAAACGGAAAAAUUAAUUAAAGAUUAUUAUUAUGGUAAAAGCGAAGAAUACGAUGGCGAGGAUUUGACGUCAUCGUUGUUAUCGUCAUCACCGGAUUCCGAUGAAAAUUACGAAUAUGAUAACGAUAGGGAAAAAAAUUUAAGGUUUAGAAGUUUCGAGAAAGAUUUUCUACCCGUUAUAUUAGACAUAGAUGAUAUUUAUUGUCGCGGUAUUAAAUCGACGGAAAAAAUACUUUUUAAAAACGUCGCGAAAUCAAAUUUCGAUUGUACGGCAACGUGGAUGUUUAUAUUAACUAAUAAUAAAAAUUUUUCAUUAACAACGACGACGGAAACUAAUAUUUAUAACGAACCAUCGUUUCCGGUUAAUAUGCAUAAAAAUCAAAAACCUCCUCAUAUUGUUUACGUAUAA